AUGAACCAACACAGAAAGGGUUCAGACUCGGCCCUCAGGGUUCAGAAGACUCGGCCCUCAGGGUUCAGAAGACUCGGUCCUCAGGGUUCAGAAGGCUCGGUCCUCAGGGUUCAGAAGGCUCAGUCCUCAGGGUUCAGACUCGGCCCUCAGGGUUCAGAAGGCUCAGUCCUCAGGGUUCAGAAGGCUCAGUCCUCAGGGUUCAGAAGGCUCAGUCCUCAGGGUUCAGAAGACUCGGUCCUCAGGGUUCAGAAGGCUCAGUCCUCAGGGUUCAGAAGGCUCAGUCCUCAGGGUUCAGAAGACUCGGUCCUCAGGGUUCAGAAGGCUCGGUCCUCAGGGUUCAGAAGGCUCGGUCCUCAGGGUUCAGAAGGCUCGGUCCUCAGGGUUCAGAAGGCUCGGUCCUCAGGGUUCAGAAGGCUCGGACCGGACAUGAGGGCUCUGCUGCUGCUGCUGCUGCUGGCCGUGUGGGUGAGCUCCGGAGCGGGGAGAGAGCAGGAGGACGCCCGCUGCUCGCCCUCCUCCUGGUGCUCCUCUGUGGAGGCGGCCGCGCGCUGUGGGGUGUUGCAGCAGUGUCUGGAGGCGAACCUGACCCGGUCCAGAGACACAGCAGAACCAGUGAGGAUCGGACUGUACUAUGAGAGCCUCUGUCCUGGAUGUAGAGGGUUUCUCACCUCCAUGCUCUACCCCACCUCUGUGCUGCUGGGGGACCUGCUGGACCUGACCCUGGUGCCCUACGGGAACGCAAAGGAGUCGAUUGACGGAGACAGAUACAUCUUUAAAUGCCAACACGGAGAGCAGGAGUGUGCGGGAAACAUGAUUGAGGCCUGUCUGCUGAACCUGACCAGCUCCAAGGCCUUCUCUGUCAUUUACUGCAUGGAGCUGGCUGAGGACCCACUGAAGGCGGCUCGAGCAUGUGUACAGGCCUUUGUGCCAGGGCUGAGUUGGGAGAAGCUGAUGACGUGUGCGAACGGAGACCUGGGAAACCACAUCAUGCACCAGAACGCUUUAAAGACUGAAGCUCUGAAGCCGACGCACACAUAUGUGCCCUGGAUCACUGUCAACGGGGAGCACUCUGAGGACCUGCAGUCCAAAGCCUUUGAUGGUCUCCUGCCUCUGGUGUGUGAACUGUACAAGGGCGAAAAACCUCCAAUCUGUGGAGGGAAGAGCAGACACUUUAGAAGCUACAGCCACAAGUGA